UUUCUCCCACCAAAAAUUUCGGAUUGUCAAUUGAAAGUGACUUUUAGUAAUAAUCCACGAGCGCAAAUCCAACAUCAACCUUCAUUUUCGAGGUGUCCUUCAGAUCAACACAACGCAUCCACUUCACACCUACCACUCAAGACAAAUCCACGAAAAUGUCUACUGCCGAACUUGCCUCGUCGUACGCGGCGCUCAUCCUUGCUGAUGAUGGUGUCGAGAUCACUGCCGACAAGCUCCAGACCCUCCUAAAGGCUGCCAAGGUCGUCGACGUCGAGCCCAUCUGGACGCAACUCAUCGCUAAGGCUCUCGAGGGCAAGGAUGUGAAGGACCUGCUAUCAAACGUCGGCUCUGGUGGCGGUGCCGCUGCUGCUGGCCCCGGUGCGGCGGCUGCCGGUGGUGCUGCUGCUGCUGAGGAGACCAAGGAGGAAGAGAAGGAAGAAGAGAAGGAAGAGUCUGACGAUGACAUGGGCUUCGGUCUUUUCGACUAAAUAUGUUCCACGACAACGAAUACUCACCUUCCCUUUGUACUUUCACUGCAUGGUUCCGGGGUUCCAUACACCAUUGGUGUGGCGUGAAGGAGGCAACAUCAAGUUGCCAUGGGCAAAGUUCACUCAGUCAUAGGUUAAUAUGACGAUGCGCUUUACAGAUGAAGCCGUUAAAGAACAAAUUUUAUGAGUCCAUUACGCCGCAAAGUGUUCAUUA